AGACGUCGCGAGCGAGACGCGAGUCUAUAUCACCGGCUCUAGCGUCCGUGUGCUAUCAGUCCGGGCCGAGAAGUCGGCGACGCCAGGCAGCAGUCCGCUCCACCCCGCCCGCUCAGUCGCGCCGCGCCCCAUCCGCCACCAUGUCCUCCCUCGUCGCGUGCCAGGUCAAGUCCGUCCUCGGGGUCAUGCUGCUGUCCCUGCUGGAGGGCAUGGCCAUCGGGUGGGCGUCGCCCGGCAUCGAGAAGAUGACGGUGGUAGACGGCGAGAACGAGGCGCCCUUCCUGCCCGAGGGCGAGGACAUCUCGUGGAUCAUCUCGCUGUUCGAUAUCGGCGUGAUGCUGGGCUCGUGGUCCAGCACGGUCGUGUUCACGCUCGCCGGCCGGCGGCAGACCGUGCUCGUGGGCCCCGUCACGCUCACGCUCUGGGUCAUCCUCACGUCCAUCGGCUCCUCCUCGACCAUGCUCAUCGUGGCGCGCAUGCUCGCCGGCAUGGGCAUGGGCAUCGCGCUCUCCUUCUCUUACAUCUACGUCGGCGAGGUGACGACGCGCCAGCACCGCGGGCCCCUCAUCCUGGCCGUGACGCUGCUCAUGCCCACCGGCCAGCUCAUCGCCUACCUGCUGGGCUCCAACGUGCCCUGGAUCUGGCAGAGCGUCUACCCGGUGCCCUUCAUCGUGGCCAUGCUCGCGUGCGUCAUGUUCUUCAUGCAGGAGACGCCCUACUACCUGGCCGGCAAGAACCGCGUCGAAGAGCUGGAGAAGUCGCUGCGCGCGCUGCGCGUCGGCCUGUCCGACCAGGAGAUCCGCGACGAGAUGGAGGCCAUCCAGCGCUCCGUCAAGCAGCAGCAAGAGGACGCCACCACCUGGUCCGAGAUGUUCUCACCGCCCGGCGCCAAGAAGGCCGCCUUCAUCGUGGUGGUCGAGUCGAGCGCGCUCGCCCUGCUCGGCGUGACCAACGUGCUCGCCUACACGCAGCAGAUCUUCGGCUUCGCCAAGGCCGAGAUCCUGUCCGCCGUCCUGUCCAGCGUCCUGGUCAUCCUGGUGGAGAUCGGCGCCAUCGUGUUCGCCAUGUACAUGGUGGAGCGCGUGGGCCGGCGCGUGCAGCUGACGCUCGCCGCCUGCGCGACCUGCGCCUCCUCGCUCGGCCUGUCCGCCUACUUCUACGCGCUCUUCCAGGGCACCGACAUGACCGCCUGGAACUGGGUGCCGCUGCUCACCCUGCUCGUGUACAUCUUCGGCGUGGGCGGCGGCAUCAACACCAUCCCGCAGGUGCUCAUGAGCGAGCUGCUGGACCAGCGCGCCAAGGCCGUCAUCGCGCCCGUCUGCAUGACCAUCAUGGCGCUCACCUCCUUCGGCAUCAACAAGGCCUUCAUGACGGUCGGCAACCAGUCGGGCUUCUGGGUGCCCUUCCUCUUCUUCGCGUGCACCAACGCGUGCAUCGCCCUCUUCACGCUGUUCGUCGUGCCCGAGACCAAAGGAAAGACCCUCGUCGAGGUGCAGGAGAUGCUGCGGGGGAAGAGGUCGCCCAGCAAAGAGGUCCUGGCGGCGUAAGAUCGCCCCGCACGCCAUAUAGGGCUGGGCUCAGAUCUCAGAUGGGAACCUUCCUUGCUCACCGAUAUUCUCGAACUAUAGUGAGGCAGGUGCGCUGCAACGGGUAGAUAUUUAUUAUUGUUUACCACAACCCGGUCAGUAGAGCGCCGAUAAAAGUUUCACGAUAACGGUCGACACGCUGUCGACCUUUAUCGUUAAGCUUCACAAUAAUUACUGGCCUAACUGAACUGACCCCGGUCGCGCCUUUCUCCGCGGCGGCACGUGUGAUUAUCGAGAUAUCGACACGAACAGUGGUAAAUCGCGCUCGACCGAUUAUCGCGUUUGUGAACGCGCCGCUCCAGUCCCAACGCGCGCCCACACGCGCUGUUUACCGAGGCGAUCACCGACCCCCCGAGUCUUGUUGACAUCUCUCGGCUCACGUUGCGGUGCGAAACUAAAAGUUCCUAAAGUCAUAAGCCGCCACCGCUGUCUAUUCUCUAUGAGCCUGUACAGUUUAAUUCGACUGGCAUUCCGCGGCAAAACAAAGAAUUAAGAGUCAAAAUUGUAUGUUUUAAAUAUUUAUU